AUGAAAACUCCAGGAAGAAAAAAUCACUCUAAUCUUGUUAGUGAAUUCAUUCUUCUUGGAUUCCCUUGCACCUCAGAGAUCCAGCUCUUCCUCUUCGCACUCUUCUCUGUGACCUAUGUCCUGACACUAAUUGGAAAUUUGUGCAUUAUAUGUGCUGUGAGGUUAGACCACCACCUCCACACCCCCAUGUACAUCCUGCUGGCCAAUUUCUCCUUCCUGGAGAUCUGGUAUGUUACCUCAACAGUCCCAAAUAUGCUAGCCAAUUUUAUCUCUGAGAAAAAAACCAUCUCUUUCUCUGGUUGUUUCCUCCAGUUCUACUUCUUCUUUUCUAUGGGCACCACUGAGACCUUCGUCUUGUCCAUCAUGGCCUUUGACAGGUACUUUGCCAUCUGCAGGCCCUUGCAUUACCCUUCCAUCAUGACAGUUCGACGCUGCAUCAGAAUGGGGACCUGUUGCUGGGUGUGCGGCUUCUCCUGCUUCCUCCUGCCAGUUUAUCUUAUCUCCCAGCUUCCUUUUUGUGGCCCCAACACUAUUGAUCACUUUCUAUGUGACCCAGGACCCCUCAUGAAGCUGUCCUGUGUACCAGCUCCUGCCACUGAGGUUACCUGUGCUGUCUUUAAUUCUGUCCUUAUUUUUUCCACUUUCCUCUUCAUUACCACCUCCUACACUCUGGUGAUAAGAGCAGUGCUGAGGGUACCCUCAGCAGAAGGACGACAUAAAGCCUUCUCAACAUGUGGCUCUCAUCUGGCCGUAGUCUCCCUGUUCUAUGGCUCCAUUAUGGUGAUGUACGUGAGUCCAACAGCAGGCAAUCCAGCUGGGAUCCAGAAAAUUGUGACUUUGUUUUAUUCCGUGUUGACUCCGCUUUUCAACCCCUUGAUCUACAGUCUCCGGAAUAAGGAGAUGAAGGAGGCCCUGAGGAAACUACUUAGGACUUUGAUAUUCGCUCAGGGACAGCCUCUCAAAAACUAG